UGGUGUGCUGAAUGUUUAAGGACAGCGUGUUUCACGUCGCUCAGAACCGUUGCGGUUGCGGCGUGACACUUCACACUUCUAAGUAUCAUACUCUCAUUCCUUUUUUAAACUUUAUGAUUGUGAAAUGAGUCAUAUAAGCAGGUCUUUAAUGGCAUACUACCAUUACUAAUCUAUAUUACUAUUAGCUGUAUUAGUGGUUAUCAUACGUAGUGUAUCCAGUAUUAACGCUAACUGUAAGUUGUAACUACACACUUGCUUUUGCUUCGAGAGGAAGCGUUCAAAUAAGAAUUCCCAAUAACUGAAAUAGUGUGAACAAUGUGAAUGAGAGAUGAAUAAGAACAAUUACAACUGAUAAGAAAAUAUAAGUUCUGAUCUUCGACUACUUAUUGUGCUGAGUCAGAUAAUCGAAGAGCAACUCCUACCUGACCUAGGCUCGGGUAUUUUCAUCAAAAGACUUUUUGUUUAGCCCUGAAUUCAUUCGGAACCUUGAGGAAGGACUCGGGUUGUCUUGAAAUGUAAAAGUGUGGACUUCUUCACAAAUGAUUAUUGUAGCUGUUGCCGAUGUUGAACAAAAUAUCACGUACUGAUGGUAGCUCCGAGCAAACUAGAAAAAAUAUGAACCUGUUGCUAAGCAACACAGGAUAUUGCUGUUGUGAGAUGCUUUCCUUAGAGGAGUGGAUCUAGGAUGUGGCCUGGAGAAAGUUUUGUUCAUCAAUCUGUUAGUAGGAUCACGUGGAUUUGUCUGGCUUUGGUAUGGGCAAUAACUCGGCUGUGUCACGUGUUUGCGAAUCAGAAUCCUCCUAUUGUGGCUUCUUUCACUACAUUCAACAAAAGUGUAAAUGUUACGCAUGUUGUGGUGGACCAGCAUUCAGGACAAGUGUAUGUCGGUGCUACUAACUGGCUGUACCAAUUCGAUAGUUCACUGGAGCUAGAGAAAGAGGUCAAAACAGGUCCCGUGGAAGACAGUAUACAAUGUUCUCCAACGGACUGUUUCCACCAGAAAAAAAUGGUCACAAACAACGUUAAUAAAGUCCUAGUCAUCGACAGUCAAGCAGGAAAGCUCAUUGUCUGUGGUAGUGUCCAUCAAGGAGCCUGUCGACGUCAUCAGCUUGGGAACAUUAACAUUGUCGAAGACCUGGUUCCUGUUCCUGUAGCUGCAAACGACGAGAACUCUUCGACAUUUGCCUUCAUUGGUCCAGCAGAGUAUUUUAGUUACCCAUCCAGGGUUCUCUAUGUGGCCACUACUAAUAGUCGCCUGGGACCAUACCGGGACAUGGUCCCUACUAUAACGAGCAGGAGUCUUGAGGAGGAUACUGGCCGUUUGUUUGGAAUCAUCGAGAAGUCGUUUUCCACCAUUGCCAGAGUGGACAUUAGUUUUCACUUGCGUGACUACUAUUUAGUCAGCUAUAUCUACGGCUUUCAUUCUGGUGGCUUCAUCUACUUUGCUUCCGUACAGAGGAAGUCUCACUUAAGGGCGUUAGAGGAGUGGGGCUACGUGACCAGACUGGCCAGAGUAUGUGCAUCUGACGCUGGAUAUAACACUUAUACGGAAGUGACCUUACAAUGUGUAGGGCCUGACGGUACGAAUUUCAAUUUGCUUCAGGAUGCCAGUGUGGGCUCAGCAGGUGCUGAUCUAGCUUCAAUCCUGAGAAUUCGACCUGGAGCGGAUGUUUUCAUUGGGGCUUUCGCAGCUAGUAAGGAUCACACGUCCAAGCCUUCUCGGAAGUCCGCGCUCUGUAUCUACUCGGUGGCCGAAAUUGAACAACGGUUUACAGAAAACAUCCAUCUAUGUUACAAUGGCAGUGUUCUCACAAGAAAUAUGGACUAUAUUGCUGGAAGUAUCAACCAAUGCCCGGAAUCUGGAAAAGCGGGAAAUAUUCUAAACUUCUGUAAUGAGACAAUCAAGUUGAACGGCACCAUACCCAUCCAACAACCUGCCGCUGUUACUUACUCGGACACGACGUUGACAUCGGUAGGACUGGCAACUACUGAUCAACAUACCGUGGCUUUUGCAGGUACUAGCAACGGGAGUCUCAAAAAGCUUUUUAUCAGUAACUCCAUUAAAGCCGAAGAGUUUGAAGAAAUAGUAGUGGAUUCUGGCUAUCCCAUAAUUCCUAGUCUACAUCUGGACUCAACAAAAGGGCACCUUUAUGUAUCGUCUCCUUACAAGGUGAGUAAGCUCAAGCUACGGAUAUGUGAACAAUACAACACUUGUGCAGAGUGCCUGCAGAAAAAGAACCCGUACUGUGGAUGGUGUUCCUUGGAACGCAGGUGCACUAUUAAAGCAGCUUGUCAGAAUGCCACAUGGUCAUUUACAGAUCGCAGCUCCCCUAGAUGGUUAUCACUGGAAACCAAACAAUGUAUUGACUUUCAGUCUGUUCGACCAAAUCAAAUUCCAUACACUAGUUCUUCAGCGGUAAGUUUUAUUUAUCACGUGAUAGUAAAUCUUGCAGUUCGAUCAAGUGAAACUGACACUGAUUUUAUCAGCCGACCAUUUGCCUUUUACGACUGUGGAGUACAUAAGACGUGUAAAGCUUGUGUAACGAGUUCGUGGGCUUGUAGCUGGUGUGUACAUCAGAACAUGUGUACGUAUAAUGUAUCGAUUUGCUCAAGAAGAGUUAUUGUUGGUGAAAGUAACCCUGCCAAUUCUCUUAUUAAAGGACGGCAACAUUGUCCUAGCUUUAAUUUAAAUGAGAAGAUUUUCCUUCCUAAUGGAGUGAGAAAGGAAAUAGUUAUAGAAGUCAAAAAUUUACUCAUUCCACUUGAUGGUUUUCAGUGCAUUAUAGAAAUUGAAGGGGCUAAAGAAAGAGUUUUUGCUAGAGUAAGAGACAGUAGAGUCAUCUGUUCUGAAAACAUUUACACCUAUCAAACAGAUGUUGGAGAAGUGCAAGCUGUCUUGACAGUUGUGUGGAAUGAAGAUACUUUUAUCGACAGGACUAAUAUAACCCUGUAUAAAUGUCACCUUUUGGGUAGUCAUGGUGGUCGAGCAGACUGUUCAUUGUGUUUGACCAGAAGCGAAAAGUAUCAUUGUGCCUGGUGUGGAAGUAAUUGCGGUUACAGUGAGUCAUGUACAGAACCCAUUCUUAGCUCCUGCCCUCAGCCUCGCAUUGAUUGGAUUCAUCCUUUGAGUGGACCAAUUGAAGGGGGGACUCUGGUUGCCAUUGAAGGUUCCAAUCUUGGGUCUAGUGAGGAAGAAAUUAAACAUAAAAUCAUGAUUGGUGGAAUACACUGUAUUCCUGAGGAAUAUAGUAUUUCUGUGAGAGUGGUGUGUAGGACAGGGUCAAGUCUAGCUCCAAUGGAAGCUAUUGUCAUGGUAGGAAAUGAAGCUGGAGUAACUAAAGCACAAGAAAUGUUUUAUUAUAAGGAGGUUACACUGGAGAAUGUCUAUCCAAAGCUUGGUCCACAGUCUGGUGGAACAAGGGUCUACCUCACUGGUAACAACCUUAACAUUGGAAGUAAAGUGGACAUUUUUCUUGAUGAUCUUCCUUGCCGAGUAGAAAGACCACUUGCCAGUAGUAGCCAAUUGAGCUGUCGUACUACUCGUGCUCCUGUGCCAUCUUACCAUAUUAAACAGUUAUUGCUAAGGAUUGAUAAUACCAACUUAACCCUCAAAGAUGCAUUUCUGUACACACAAGACCCUACUAUCCUGCGUAUUGAGCCAUUAUUAAGUUACUUCAGUGGUGGCCGUGUUGUUAAAGUAUUUGGGACCAACCUAACUUCUAUUCAGCAGCCACGAAUGGUGGUUUUCAGCCAGACAAGAGUAGUGAAUGAAACUCUCUGCACAGUUAUUAACACCACCAUGAUGAUGUGUCCAUCACCUGCUGUACAUUCAGAAGUUUACAAAAGAAGUAAACCUUGGAUUCAUCAGCGUCAUACUGUUAAGCACAUAAUACUGAGAAUUGGGUUUGUAAUGGAUGAUGUUCAGUCAGUUAGGGAGCUAAAACACUAUUAUCCAUUGCUUGAGGCUCAUCUGCAAUAUGUGACUGAUCCACAAUAUUAUCAGUUUGGAAAUGAAGGGAUCAAGUUAUACAAGGGAGAAAGCCUUGUAAUAGAGGGAGAAAACCUGCAGCUUGCAAGCACAGAGUCUGAAAUAAAUGUAACCAUUGGCACACGUCCCUGUAACUUGACAUCUUUGAGCAUGUCACAGUUAGUAUGCUUACCACCAGAGGUCCAACCACCUGGUAUGGAUGAGCUAGGUAGAACAACUGAAAAUAACUUACCACUGGUUGUAGUAAGGGUUGGGAAAAACCUUCGCUAUGAAGUUGGUUACCUCCGCUAUGAGGUCACUAAGAUUUAUGAAUUUCUACCAGAAGCUAUUGGAGGUAUUGCAGCAGGUGGAGCUCUUUUGAUGUUGAUCACUCUUAUAAUUCUGGUUGUUUUACGAUACAAGAGCUUUCAAGCAGAACGAGAAUACAAGCGAAUUCAGCUUCAGAUGGACACAUUAGAGAAUAGUGUACGAUCUGAAUGUAAACAAGCAUUUGCUGAACUUCAAACUGACAUGACUGAUCUAAACAAGGAUAUUCAGACGACAGGUGUUCCAACCUUAGACCAUCAAACUUUUGUAAUAAGGGUGUUCUUCCCAGGGAUGACGGAAAACCCUUUGUUCAAAGAAUUUAAACAGCUGAAUGGACCUAGGACAACCUAUCAUUUGGCAAUGGCCCAGUUUGAGCAACUUCUUUACUGCAAACAAUUCUUAUUAAUCUUUAUUGAGACACUGGAAAACCAACGAACAUUCACCAUCAGAGACAAAGUGAAUGUAGCAUCACUUGUAAUGAUUAUUUUACUUGAGAAAUUAGACUAUGCCACUGAAAUUCUUCAAGAGCUCCUGCUGAAGUUAAUAAAUAAAUAUGUAGAAACAAGACAUCCACAAUUGAUGCUCAGAAGAACUGAGUCAGUUGUAGAAAAGUUAUUAACGAACUGGAUGGCUGUUUGCAUGUACAAUUACAUCAAAGACUCUGCAGGUAGUGCAUUCUUUCUCCUGUUCAAUGCUGUUAAACAUCAAGUUGAAAAGGGGCCAGUUGAUUUUAUUACCCAUGAUGCUCGAUACUCGCUCUCUGAAGAAAGGCUUCUUCGUGAACAGACUGACUUCAGCAUUGUUUGCAUUCAAGUUGUUCAAGAAGACUUAGAUGAGAAACUACAGUGCCGUGUUAAUAGCUGUGAUACAAUUACACAGGUUAAGGCCAAGAUUCUAGAUAUCUUGUAUAAAAACACCCCCUUCUCGCUGAGACCAGCUGUUCAGGAUGUAAAUCUAGAAUGGCACCAUGGUAGAGGAGGGCAUCUGGUUCUAAGUGAUGAAGAUUUGACAACCAAAACAGUCAAUGGGUGGAAACGCAUCAAUACCUUGGAUCACUAUGGAAUCAGGGAAACAGCUGUGAUGAGUUUAGUGCCUAACAAGAAACGAGGAUUUCAGGACCCAUCAAAUCAUAGUGAUUGCGUCAUGACACCAAACUCUCCAAGAAGUAAUGAAAAAGUUUGCUACUGGCACUUGGUAAAGUCCACAGAUGAGCUUCUCUCAGAACAACAGCAGAAAGAUCAUAGCCACAAAGCCAUUCCAGAGAUAUUUCUCACCAGAUUACUCUCUACUAAGGGGACAGUGCAGCAGUUCCUAGAUGAUUUUCUCUCUACAAUAUUGACAGCUAAUGAGCUUUUACCCCCAGCCAUCAAGUGGUUGUUUGAUUUGCUGGAUGAUGCUGCAGCAAAACAUGGAAUUUCAGACCCUGAGGUAGUUCACGCAUGGAAAAGUAACAGUCUUCCACUCAGGUUCUGGGUCAACAUCAUGAAGAACCCAGAUUUCAUUUUUGACAUUGAGAAAACACCAACAGUGGAUUCAUCUCUCUCUGUGAUUGCUCAGACUUUUAUGGAUGCUUGUUCCACAACACAGCAUCGUCUGGGUAAGGAUUCCCCUUCAAACAAAUUACUCUUUGCUCGUGACAUUCCAAUUUAUCGACGAAUGGUGGGAAAAUAUUAUCAAGACAUCACCCUACUCCCCACAGUAUCUGGUCCAGAGAUGAAAACAGCCAUGCAAAACAUCUCAAAGGCACACCAAGGAGAAGUAGAGACACUAAGUUCCCUUAAAGAACUAUAUGGAUAUGUUGUCAAAUAUAGUGAACAGAUUUAUGAGGCAUUGAGAACAGAACCCAGUUGUCAGAAGCACCAUCUUGCUCACAAGCUAGAGGUAGUAGCUUGUACACUUGGUGGUUUUGAAACAUCAGUCUGCUAAGGAAUGAAGGACUAAGAUAUUUCCAACUUUAAGCACUUUGCACUACAGGUUUAUGCCUAUUUCUACUACCUUAAGGAAGACUUGUUAGCAUGCUUUAAAAGUGAUGUUUUACCUCUUGGUUAAACAUCUUAAGUCAGGAAAGUACUGACUUUUUCAAGCCAUUUAUUAACAUGUCCAUGUUUAAAAAAAAUAGUUGAUAUUUUGGUCAGCUAUUGCUUUUUUUUUGUAUUAUCAUCACAUCAGGAGCAUUAGCUUAGAAGAAUAAUCAUUUUAUAGGACUCGAUUAUGUUGGCUGACUGUACAAAAUUGCACAGUUAACUAGUUGCUUUGAAAAUAUAAUACACUGUAUUAAAUAAAAUAUCCUGGCUUGGUACUGUUGCACUCUAGUUAGAAUAAACACAAUUUUCAGGCACUUAGUAAUUGAUGUCUAAGCUUACCAGAAAAUGUAUUUCAUUGAAGUUGCCAUUAGUACUGUGAAGACAAAAUAGCAGGAAGUUGGGUUUGUGUCUGAAUACAGUUUGUUCUGACAGAUACUUAAAUACUUUUUUUUUAUCUGUCUUAACAUGGAGAAUUGAAAAUCUAAGUACUUAUGCUCUUAUUCAAACCCAGAAGAAAGAAGAAGAAAAAACAGGUAUAUGUUUUGUUUUGGUCUAACCUGUUUCAAGAGGUCUCAUUUGCUGCAUUGUGGAACUCUACAAAUACUUUUUGUUACUAGAAGUUUACCAAAGCUGUGUAUAAUGUGUUUGUCUAACAAUGACUUGUAGCACAUCCACUAAUGAACUAUGCACAGCCAGCCACUCACCAGAGGGACAACUGACUGCAUAGUCAAGGCCAGACUGUGAAUGCCUUAAAUUUUAUCUUUAGCACUUUGUUUUCUUCACUAUUCCUCUGUUAGCCAUGAUCCUGCUUGCCACAGUGCACUCUGCUUGUUCCUACCCUCUGUUGUCAGCUCUAUAAUUUCCUUCCUGCAUAUUGCUGGCAGCAGUGAAGGUGAUUGCCAAAUUCAAACAGGGUAUGAUUCUUAACUUCUUUUUACAAUGGCUAUUGUUUAACAGAUAUUUGCCAAGUGAUUUUAUUGGUAAAACCUUCUACGGUUCUGUAGUUUAUUACUUCAUGUGUGUGUGUGUGUGUUUAUAUAUAUACAGAGAGAGACAUAUGUACAUACACACACACACACAUGUAUAUAUGAAGUGUCUUGGUUAUAGUUUGAAACCUUUGUAAACUUCAACAAAAAAUGGUCCCUUUAAAAUACGUCUUAUAGUAUAAACUAAGUAUAAAUUGUCUGUAAUAUUCUGAUACUUUGAAAAGAUUCUCAGUGUAGUAGUUUAUGAAUUAAAUUUCUAAA